AAAAAUCACAUUCGUGCUGGCAGCUCAUCUGGGCAAAGUGACUACAGCGAGUACAAGAGAAGGAAUUACUCACGACCUCCAAGUCGAGAGCUCUGUUGUGAUGGGUAUGCUCCGCACACAGUAGCCAUCGUACUCCUCGUUUUGAUCGUUGUCGUUCGAGCGCCUACUAUCUAUGCCCUGAUGAUUCUCUAUCAGCAUGAAGAGAAACCACUCUUGUUGACGUGUAUCAUCGUGGAUGUUGUCUAUCUCUUUACUUGGAUAUUGCUCUGGUUGAUGCUUACGUUAAAGAGGGAGUGGUCAUUCAAUGUAGCUCACAAAGUGCACCAGAUCUAUGCUUUACAAGUAAGAUUUUUGUUUUAUAAACUCAACUGUUCUUCUUGAAA